AUGCUAUUAUUCAUUCACGGCACCAUAGUUCAUGCGGCUGCCACAGAGAAACCCGAAUUAGAGGCAUCAAUUUUGACAUCAUUAGCUUCUAUUUCUGGUUAUUUAGCCACCUUUUGUUUCACCGUACAAUAUCUUCCUCAAGCUUAUUUAAACCAUAAGAGAAAAUCAGUGAAAGGAUUCAGUACGACUGGAAUUUUGCUGAAACUUGUUGGAGCAUCCUACUUGGGUGUAAACAGUUUUCUAAUGGGAGAAGCCUUGAGUGUUGGCCUUUACGGAACUUUAAAUAUUUUACAACAUUCAGUUUUCAUGAUUCAAUUUACAAUGUUCACGGGCAGAAAACUGUUCCUUUUUUGCCUUCUCAUUCCACUAGUGCCACUUGUUACUGGUUAUAUGUAUCCCAAUACAAUUCCAUAUACAAAUUUGAUCAAACCAGUUUCACAAAUUGUGAGUCACAUACCACAAAUUAUUGUGACAUGGGAAGCUAGAAGCACAGAGGGAGUUUCAUUAAUAUCACAACAUUUAAAUUUAUUAGGAGGAAUUUGUGGUGUAUUUAUGUAUUCAGUGUUUACACCAAAAUCUUUCUUUACUAGAUUGGUUUAUUGGAACAGUUUACUUCAGGCAUUGUCUAUUUAUUUCUUAGCCGUCUAUUUUGAUGGUUGGGGUCGAUUACGUAAUUCCUUUGUAACCUUAUUUGAAAAAUCGCCAGAUCCAACAACUUCACCUCCAAAUAUUGAAGAGCAACAAGAAAUGGAGAAAGCCAUGAAUCAAACACCAAGUACUGGCGUUACAACAUCCAACAUUAUUACAGCAACUAGUGGUAGCACAUCAUCCACUCUUAGAAAUACUUCCCAUCAACAAGGUGCUCUUGACAUUGAAAUAACGUCAAUCACUAACAACAUUGAAUAA